AUGUCCGCUACUCCAGCAAUCCGAACAGUUGUCGGUGGCGACUCGACGAGCCAGGAGGCUCAAGACUACAUCCACAGAUUCCGCAUCUUAUUCACUGCUCUCACGCAUGCAAGCAAACGUCAGAUCAGAAAGCAGGCUAGCUUUGAAGACCUUAAGGAAGCCGAGCUUCACUCUCUUACAAGAGCUCACUUUGAGCUUCAAGAUGUUCACGGCAUGGUUUGUGCCAAGCUGGCCCUCUUCGGUUGCGAAGCGUUCAAGGCAGUUAAUGACCUAAGCGCUCGUCAUGUCAUAAAGUUUGCUCGCCAUGAGGCCGAGGCGCUGAGAGAGCUGACGGAGAAGGAGGACGAGCAAAAUGAACACAUUGUGGCGCUGAAGAACAAUGUCGACGGGGUGGUAGAGCUCGUGACUCUGUGGAUUGAUGCGGCAAACUGA